AUGUAUUUACCCGACGUUGUUAAGAAAGUGUUAAUUGAUGUAUUGUUUCAGGAGAAUGGGCGUGCGGCGCCGGAUCUCACGGCGUCGCCGGGCCGUGCUCCGGCCGGUCCGCCGCAGCCGGCGCGCGCGAAUCAUGCGCCGCCCUGCGUGCUGCAGCCAGAUUUUAGGAAGGUAUCUGGCGUGAGCAAUGAAAUAUUCAGACAGAUUGAAAUGGUGGAGAACGAUCACGACGCUACGACGGCCGCGGCGCUCGAGGCGGUGGAGCGUCGCGGGGAGAUGAUAGUUCGGAUCCUUGAGGUGAGGCAAGUGGGACGAAAUAACAUCGAAGCCGCCAAGAAAUUCUUCUCUUUACAGGAUUCACGACAUGCAGUCCAACUAGUAGAAAUCGUCAAACGACCUGGCCAAACUUUGGGCUUAUAUAUUCGGGAAGGAGACGGUGGGGCAAGGACAGAUGGAGUAUUCAUAUCUAGAAUAGCGUUAGAAUCUGCCGUUUAUAACAGCGGUUGUCUCAAGGUUGGAGACGAGAUCCUAGCUGUUAACCUAGUGGACGUUCGACGCAUGUCAUUAGAUGACGUUGUAAUCAUCAUGUCGAUUCCCAGAAGACUUCUACUUUGCACCCGACAGAGGAAAGGAAAAUCUGGACCGGGAUCACCAUCAAUGCCCAGAACUGAACAUAAGCCACCACCAGUUGUCGUGCUGAAAAGAGAUUGCAGGGAUGAUGACGACAGAGAUAGAGAUAGAGUCGAUGGACUUUACUCACAACAUGGUACGCUCCGUUCAACGGGGGCAUCUGGCGGAGUUCGACCUGUGGGAGAUGGUCGCGAGGAAAGAAGUCGCCUGCAGCUGGGCGGUUUGUCUCCUGAUUCCACGCCCCUCGACUUGUAUUAUAAUUCCAGACCACCAUCGGACCAUUCUACAUGGAGUUAUCGCCCACCACCGCCAGUUAUUACAGAACAACCUAAGUCAGGAGCUACGCACUUCGUGCCAUACGAAAGAUCUUAUCCAAACACAUUGGAGAGCUUAGCUGAGAAGGUUCAUUCCUUCUAUCCAGGAGAAGGAGGCAGUACUAGGUUCGGCGGCAGAGUGCCCAGAUCUGGGUCGGAACAGCAACUGCCUCGUGCAGAAACUCAUUCAGAUUUCGGACGGCAUUCUCUGCUGAGGUCCAGUUUGAAAGCAUCUGCCGCUACAGGUGCAGCUGGUGCUUCCAGUUUGUCAAGAUACAAUCAACGUUACGGUGGCGUAGGUAUGCCUGGUCUUCCAAGCUCGGGACUUUCGAGUACUGGGCUUACUAAUGCCGGCUUAGGCCCUGGUCUUCCUUCGGGGCUCUCAUCUACCGGUCUAAGCGGUUUAACCGGUUCCAGCUUAGUUGGAACAGGACUGAGUAGCGGGAUUGGAACUGGAUUAUCAGGAUCCGGACUAAGCUCCACUCUCGGAGGAUACGGAACGACAGGAUUAGGACUAUCCUCUUACGGAAAUAAAUUCGGUACUUCGAGAAGGAAUCGAAGCCUGGACUACUCCUCGGAUACAGAAGCCACUGCACCCACAAGAACGCCAUACUAUUCGGGUUUAAGCGGCUACAGAAGCAGCACGUUGGGAAGAGAUAUAGGAUCAAAGUUUAAUUCGCUCCCAAGAGACGUACGAGGAACUGGCCAAAGAAUGGGACUGUCAAGGCGAGCUGGAAGUGUCUUGCAAGACGAACCUGAACCGCUGUCUUCUCGACUAGAUCUACGUUCUUCCAGAGUGUUCACAUCGGACGAGUAUCGCGCCUGGCUGUCCAGAGCGCCUUCCACCAGUGCUCUCUACGAGAGUCUGCGGCCACGCUUGCCUACCCACUACUCGGCAGAAAAUAUACACGAUGCGCUGAAAAAUAUGGAAAAUGCAAGUCGCUACGGUUCAACACUGGGAUUAGCUGGUCGCCGCAUGGAGCGUCCCAGGCACUUGCCAGCAAGAUCUCUGUCCUCGCAACAAUUAGGACCAACCGCUAGUGGAUCACCAUCAGCUCGUCGCGUGAGACAGCUACUGGAGCUGGGUUCGAAAUUCACGUGCCCCAACCCCAGCCCGGUGCCCACACCCGGGUCAAGGCAUCAGAGACACCUCGAUAUAAACCCUAACGAAUUUCUCAAAUACAAGAUUGAAAAGCCGGGGACUGGUUUAUCGACAUCUAUGACUGGGUUAUCUCGUAUAUCUGGGGGUGUUUCGGGGAUGUUAUGGGUGCAUUUAUUAGCCGGAAGGGGGUUAAGGCCUGCCCCCUCGGGCUCUUCGCCCGGUUCUCCCCCGUCGGGACCUUUAGCCCCACCGCAGCCCCCGGUAGCUCCACGGGACUUGUACUGUGUACUUGAAUGCGAUCGAGUACAUAAAGCUCGUACUGUGGUUCGUACCGGAGAACUUCAGUUUGAUUGGGAUGAGUCUUUCGAGCUAGAACUGGUGGAUAAUAGACAAUUGGACGUUCUGGUAUACUCUUGGGAUCCUCAACACAGGCACAAGUUGUGUUACCGCGGAGCUGUCACCUUGCCCGAUCUGCUAGCACGGUCUUCCUCACAUCAACUGGCGAUAAGGAUGGAACCGCGUGGAACGCUUUACGUCCGCGUGCGACACACGGAACCACAUGAGUUAUUCCGCCGAAGACCCACGCCAUCCCGUCUUUCCCCCCCACCUUUAUUUGGGGCAGAAUUAGAUCAAGUCGUUGCAAAGGAAGUUAGGCCAUCCCAUGCCCCACCGGUGCCGCUCAUCGUCAGGCGGUGUGUGGAGGAGAUUGAACGACGCGGAUUGGAUAUUAUAGGUCUCUACCGUCUAUGUGGAUCUGCGGCUAAAAAGAGGAUACUGCGUGAAGCAUUUGAGAGAAACGCUCGUGGAGUCGAAUUGACCCCUGACUCUGUUCCCGAUAUCAAUGUGAUUACGGGAGUACUCAAGGAUUACUUGAGGGAACUACCGCAACCACUGUUCAGUCGGUGCUUAUUCCAGAUGACGUUGGAUGCUCUAGGAGUAUGUCUACCAGACGAUAAAGAAGGCAACGCUCGACUUAUGGCAUCAAUAGUGGAAUGCCUCCCGCGUGCAGCACGGGCGACUCUGGUCUUCCUGCUAGAUCACCUGGCUCUUGUAGUCGCAGCCCAGGACCGGAACAAAAUGUCCCCGCAACAUCUGGCUGUGGCCCUGGCGCCACCACUGAUGCUUCAGUCGCAGCCGCCCACAGAGCUGGACUACCAGCGACCGAUACACGUGCUACAAUGUCUUCUACAAAUCUGGCCAGCACCGAAACGUUCAGUUCGGCGCGGAGAGCCAGCACUCGGGCCGCGUGGAAACAGAGUCAGUGCGUCGCAAGUGGGCUCAGCCACCCUCCCCCAAGGCCGAGUUCCGCCCUCAGCCAGUCCAUAUCGGCAUCCAGCGGUAGCAUCAGCAGCAUCUCCGCAGCCAGCUCUCUCGGCUCGGCCCGGGGCCGACCGCUCGCCGCCCGCACAUGUUCUCUCAUCAGCCAGGGCCGGCCCAUAUCGUCCGCAGUCGCCUCUGCGCGGCCCUCUGCCCGCUCCUCCUCGCUCCCGCCAAGUGACGGUCUCCUCUUCCGGUUCGCCCAGUAGCAGCUCGGGCAGCCACAGUCCGGCCGACACUAUCAAGCACGGCGGGUCCGUCUCCUCAAUACUACGACAGCCCGAGAGGACCUCGCCCAGGAAUUCCCCUCGUCACUCCCCCCGGGCCUCGCCUAGAGAUUCCCCGCGGGGCACGCCAAGGGAUCUGACGCCGAGGGAGACGACACCUAGGGACACGCCCCGGGAGAACGGGUCCCGCGAGUCGCCCCGUUCCGCCAUCCCGGGCACUUCGGCCGGGCUGGCGGUGACGCUCAACUCGGCGGGCGGCGUGAGUCCUCGCUACACCUCCACCAACCCCUUCCUGCAGCAGUACGACGCCGAGGAAGAAGCCGAGGCGUGGCACUCCGCCGACAUAUUCUCCUCUACGCACACAUAGUGCUCAUAGCGAAUUGAAUUUCCUAGUCAAUUUUUUUAAAGAAUCGAAAGAGUUCUGCUCUGCUGUAUAUUAUGUUGUUCGAACGUGCGUUCGUGAAUUUGUUAUAUAUAGCGAGUUAUGAUGUAUAUUACGGUGAGAAUGUUCGCGCGAGGUUGUCCUCGCCGACCGCUAUCGCUCCGCCCCGUAGACGCUAUGUUGUAUUGACGUAUUGUAUAUUGUAUAUAAAUGAAUACGUAUUUAAUGUAGGUACUCUCCAGUUUUGUACCGAUAGGGCGGCGCUCUGGCGGACGGCCGCAGCGCUACACGCAUCGUCCCACAUAUCAGAGACUGGCGCCGUCGACGCUUCCGAGCCAGCUGAACUCUGGAGCGUCCACGGUGCGCCAGUCAGUAAGUCGAGUAGGGAGAGUGUAUCAUAGAUCGAGUCGGAAUCGUCUUGAGACUGAGACCAUAUCAGAGUACUUAGCUCGUAGAUACCUCUCGAUGGACAUCCGUCGUAGAACGAGCGAUUGCGUCACGAACGUCUAGAGGCACGAAUGUUAUGAAUCUUUCAAAUAUUCCAAGUAUUCCUUGUUCAUUAUUAAUAAAUUAACUAUUAUACAUAUAAACUAUAUUAAACUAAAAUAGUGUUAGUGCAUUUUUACGAGUCGCUGAUUCUAUGAAGGAACGGAUUCUUCAUACUAAACGGAUCGGUCGCAAUCUCAAGAUCUGGGAUCAUAUUUGCGAAUUAUUAAAUUCCAAAAAUCAUACAUUACACACAUAUAGUUUACAGAUAUAAUUAUCGAGCGGCAAUCUGUUUCUUCCAAUUGCAAACGUUUUCUACUGUUUACAAUUAUCUUCAAAUUGUUGACUGUAUUUUAUUAUCUUGUUGAAUGGAUAGCUAGUGUUAUUGAUAAUACUGAAUAAUAAAUUGGGAUUCGCAAAUAAUAUCUCUAUUCUUAUAGCUGGCGUCUGCUAGACAUAUAAGAGUGGCGGAAAUCGACCAAUGACAGCACUGAUUAAACCCUCACUGCCAUGAUUGGUCCAUUUUAAAUAGUUAUGCAUAUUAUUACAAUUACACCUAUUAAUAUGUCUGUCGGAGGCACUCAGGUUUCGUACUGAUUUUGAGCAACACUUCAAGACGAAGUUUUGUUACUGUUUUUAUAAUAUAGUUGCACAAAAGACACGACUGAAAUGGGACACAAGGUUUUUGAUACUUUACCGUUUUACCCUUUUUCUCAUUUUGUGAUAUACUAGAUGUUGCGUUGGAACCUCGCCUUUUAUAUGAAUGUAAGUCUGUCCAUGAAUUCCUAUAUUUCGCUUAACCUACUAUGAAUACUCGUUUUUGGCGGAAUUCAUGUUCGGAGUAGAACCUUAUGACGACACUUUACUAGGCUCUGCUGAACACAAGAAACUACUGGGGAUCUUUCAAAGAGUUUUUUUAAUCUGCAGACCAAGUUAACAUAUAGUUUAAACUAAUAUACAUUGAAAUAAAUAACUAAACUUAACAUAAACUAAAAUAUAUCAACCCUUUAGGCAAGGUACCGGAGAUACUAGCAGCGUUCCCCCUUUGAAUUGCUAGACUAAUUCUUUGACCGAGGUAGCUGCCAGAUCUUCGGUCUCCUGUGAUGUCGACAUAAAAAACAUGACAUGUUUAAACUUGUCAGGUUACAUUUUUGUAUCUGGAACUAAUUUAAGCUGUCCUGCGAUUGGUCACUAUUUUCACUAGCUUUCAGGGUACAUCUAAGUCACAUACAGAAAACAUGUGUGCUAGUUAUGGUUUUGAAUCGUUCCAAAUACAAGAACAGGAAAGUGUAUUGACCGGCGUUAAGACCUGGAAGAAAUGGAAGGCCCCCAAAUAAUUGAUUUCUACCACUUAAAACGUUUUCCUGUUCACAAUACUUUUGCAAUUUCGUUUCUAUUGUGUUCGGUAAAGCCUGAACGGGAAGACAAUAUGAUUUUAGAAUCUUUAUAAUAUCUGAUAUAAUGAUUUAACUGAAUGAAAUCGCCUUCGUGAUUAACCACAUGAAGUAAAUUAGCAUUGCCAUAUACAAAUAAUUCAUUUAGCUUACGAAAAUUGAUAGCUUUUAACUGUUCAGUAUACAUACUUGUUAUUAAUAUAAGUAGUUUAACAUAAUAUUGUUACCAUAUAUGAUAUUUACUUCACGUGGUACUAACGCAUAUAACAAUAACACUGUCGGAUAUUAACCAUUACUUUGUCUGUUUUAUAAUUACUUGUAUUUUAAAAUCUUUAUGGAUUAGCUUUUUAAUUGAAUAUUGGGGGGGAUUUUUAAAGUUUGGUAAGUGACAAAAGCACUUUAAAGAAAUCCGACAGUAAUAACAAUAGAACCUGAAUACAGAAAGGACAAAAAAAAAAUUCGGGUAAAAUAAAUGUAUCCUUUAGCUUUAUGUAUUGUCGUUAAUUGUUAGUGUAUUUGCAAAUAUUCAACGUAUACAUGGGAAAUAGAAAAGGAAGUGUUGAGUAAAAAUGAUUACUGACUCAAGUCAUAAUUCAGAUUCUUAUUAGGCCGCGUUUUAUGAAUAAAUAAUAUAGACUUUAAAUUCCGAAACUGUGAAUUUAUAUAUAUGAAAUUUAAUAUAUUUUCUCUCCAGUAUAUCUCGGAGUUUGGUGUGCCUCUUAGCAAAGGCCUCUCUAACCCUUUCCACUGUUCUCUAUCUUUUGCGACUCUUCUCCAGUUGUAGCCUACUGUUAGUUUCAGUUCGUCCUCCCAUCUCUUGCGUGGUCGGCUUCUUUUUCGUUUACCGUCUCUAGCGUACCAUUCCGUUAAUAUUUCGCUCCAUUUUUCAUGGGAGCUCCGUAGCAUAUGACCCGUCAAUCAUCAUUUCAUUUGGUCUAUCUUCGUGAGAAUGUCACACCUGUUCUAGGUCUUAUGUCUGCGUUUAUUUGUUUGUCUAAUUUUCUUAUUCAGAAGAAUAAUAACAAAUAAAUCUCAGGGUCCUCUCUGUAUCACAGUAUCUGUUACCAUAGAUUAAUAUAGUGUAAAUAGAGACUUGAAGUGUCGCUCGACGGCUCGUAGCCGCGUACGACAUUAGUGUGUAGUGAUGGGACACGGCUUCAGUUGGCUUGACGCGCGGUUCAUCUGAGAGGGCACUUGAUACUAAACGAUCGUGAGAUUCGCAGCAGUGUAUAUGGGUGUAAAAAUCAAAUUUGAAUUCUAUGUUAAGUGUAAUUUAUUUGCGUAAGUGCAAUUUUAUUAACACUAUUGAAAUUUAGAUGUUUGCGUUAUUGUAAAUAAUGUGUGACUUGAGAUUAUGAGAUUUAUUUAUUACCGAACUAUUUAAAGACAAAAGCAUUAAGACAAUAUCGAUAAAAUGGAAGUUAAUCGCUCGUAGCAACGCUACGCCGUAGCUUCGUAGUGCUUACUUUUGACUGUAUUUAAUAACGAAAUUGGAUUAUAUACAAUUUUAUUUACAUAAAUAUUGUUACGAUUGAGUUGACUAAUUAUUUUAAAAUUGUUGUUGAAUGUCGUAAAUUUUAUGUAACGUAGAGAGAAUAAUUUUAUGUGUUAACUCGGCUUAUCCUAACAAAGCCUUAGUGGAAAUUGUAAAGUUUGUAGAUAUUAAUUUUGUACUAUGAUAUUUAAUAUCUAGUAGAAACAGGAUUACCUUUUGUAAAAAAUCCUUAAGUGUCUAUACGAAAGCGAACAAUGAAAGUCUUUGUGUAAUAGUUAAUUAUUCUGCAAUCUCAUAAUCGUGAUUUAGUUAGAAAAUAAGUUUUAGCGACGCCGAUUAUCCAAAAACUCCGAUACAAUUGACUGGUCGUGCCAAAUUUGAAAUAUAUAUUCCCCAUUUUUAAAAUACGAUCACAGGUCAAUGCUAUAAACAGAGCAAUAAAGAAUAUAAUAUAAAAUGUAUUAUUGUAAAUAGUGUUUAGUUUUAUGAUUUGUGGUAUUUGUAUUGAAUAGAUGUUUAUGAAUAGCAAGUUCGCCUCUCACGUUGAUCCCCGCGGUAUGUUUGCGUUGCGGGGCCUUCAGCCCUAAGAUUAUAUCAGUAUUUCGAAAAUUUGGUAAAAGUAGUAAUACGUGUACGUAACGAGCACGCCGCCCGAAUUGUAACGGGUGGCUGAAACAGACGGAAUAAAUAAUACGAUGUUA